UGUGUAUGGGCGUUAUAGGCAAGGUGGGGGCCGCUUUGGCCGCUAUACCCUUACCAAUCCAGGGCGGUGUUUUAACCAUUGGACUUUCCUUUGUGGUGUCCGUGGGGAUCUCCAACGUUACGUAUAUUGAUAUAAGAUCGGCCAGAAAUAUGUCCAUUUUGGGCUUUUCUUUGAUGUGUGGGUUCGUCGUGCCAGAAUGGGCAAAGCAGAACACCGAUGCUAUAAAAACAGGGGUGGACGGACUGGAUGCUGUUAUCACAGUGUUUUUAACAACGCCGAUGUUUCUCAGCGGUGCGCUGGGGUUCUUCCUAGACAACACUAUUCCAGGCACAAAAGCCGAGAGGGGCAUAGGAAAAUGGCACGAAGAGGUCUUUGCGAAUGCACAAAAUCCCGAAGGUUAUGACGAUCCGAAAACCAAAGAAUAUGAAGUUUACAGCAUUCCAUAUAUAACUCCGUACUUGGAAAAAAUACCGUGUUGCUCAAACAUCCCCUUCAUGCCAAGUUUCGACUCGGAAAGGAUAAAAUGUAGAAAUAAAUGCAAGUGUAGGCGCUCUAAGAUGGUCGUAUGAUAGAAAAAAAAACCCUGUGCUAUUACACGUACACGUCUCAUAAUCAGUCCAUGGGGUUGGUUGCAUGUGAUCGCUUUUACAUAAAAAGAAAACAAAUCGAAAUUGAAAGGUGAUUGUAACUUGCAGUUCUAAUUUGGUGAAACUUUAUGGGCUUAAAAACCAGUCACAAAAGUGACAUAUUUUAACACGUGAAAAUUAAUAUUAUAUUUUGGAGGGUAGCAAAUGUACAAACAAACAAAUAAACAGUGAAUGAAUGAAAA